AUGACACGAUAUGAGCACGUAUGCGUACACAGCUCGCAGCUGCAGGGAAAAACGAAAACAAUGCACGAGAUGUGGUGUUGGAUAGUGUUACUCAGUUUGUUGUUAGUCAAAGAAUUCGCGUCAGGUAUUAUGCUAACGGAGGUCCGGGUGCCGAAGCACACGAUAAAGGGCCACUCGGUGCGGCUCGAGUGCCACUACGACAUGGAAGGGGAAGCGCUCUACUCGGUGAAGUGGUACAAGGAUGGCCGGGAAUUUUAUCGAUAUGUGCCAAGAGACGAUCCUCCCGGGACGCUGUUCCCGCAGCCGGGCACCGCGGUGGACCUGCUUAAUUCGACCAGCGAGCAAGUGGUGCUGGAUCCGAUCGAUCUCGCCUCCAGUGGCAAAUAUCGAUGCGAGGUAUCGGCCGAGGCGCCCUCCUUCCAGACGGUCUCGGACCACGGCGAAAUGCUGGUAGUCGUGCUUCCCGAGGAGGAUCCGUACAUUACGGGCGGCAAGCCGCGGUACCAGAUUGGCGAUAUCGUGCGCGUGAACUGCACAUCUGGCCGCUCGAAGCCGGCCGUCCAUCUGACCUGGUACAUCAACGGCGAGGCGGCGGACAGUGCGCUGGUGCGGCGCUUCGAGCCCAUCGUGUCCGGAGGGCCGGACAAGCUGGAAACGUCCGUGCUGGGGUUGGAAUUCCGUGUUAAGGCGAAACAUUUCAAGCGAGGCGAUAUGAAACUGAAGUGCCUCGCGACCAUCUCGACCGUGUACUGGAAGAGCAACGAGGAGAGCGUGGAGGGCGAAAAGAUCCAAAAAGCGCCAAUGCUCGAGUCCCGCCGGGCCGUUUCCACCGACACGCGAGCGGACCGAGUUCAAGCGGCGAGCAAUGAUGCACUGGCGAAUAAAUAUUCAUCGGGGCUGAAUUUUGCAUUACGCGUGCUCGGAUUGCUGCUGGUCGUGAGCGGCGUCGGCGGCCUCGGAUCCGUCUGGCCCUCGCCCGGCACCACGGUGGCGGCCGGUCCGUGGCUGCACGGCUCCUAAACCCGCUGCAACCGCUGCCGAACUACGUGAACAUGGCGAACGGCGCGCACUCUUCAGCUGUAACAAUUUUAUUAUCAUUCACUAUAAUACAUUCCGUCCCGUCAAGAAGCGCGGGGAUCGACCCUUUUCGACCCCUCCGAGCAGCGACUCCAGCAGCGUGACCGAACGAGCGGUGGUGAAGCGCACUGGUGGUGGUGAGCGUCGUGGAUUGCGCCUGGAAGCCUGCACACCGAGGACGACGACUUACUCCCGCCAGCAGCUGUCUGUCAGCGGAAGGAAGCACCGAAUUAGAGGCCCGAGCCCCGGACAUGUGGGGAAUCCUCGAGUCCUGCGUCCGGACGGACUACUGCUGCUGAUGAUGAUGCAUAUCACGCCACCGCCACGACUGAAAUGCAGACCUGAACCGCGCGAACACACCCCAAAGAAACACCACCGUUUCGAGGGGUAUUCGGUGGCGCAGACUGGCUCUCUAUUCCCCCGUCCCCCUCGCCCGCCUGGCAACACUAAUGAUCUCAUCGACACGAACACACUUCUCAAUUAAUGAGGGGCCACAGAAGCCCAAAGGAAGGACUUUUCCGCGGAACCGGGAACCGAUUAGGAUGUACAAUCGGCGCCCAACUCGCCCAAUGGCCGCGCGUGUAUUUCCCACACGAAACGAGACGCCAAAAAAGGAUUAAACAAACGAAAUCAUAUCAACGUACACGACCACCACACAACGACACAAUGAAGUAAUAUCUCGAUGUGCUUUUUCACUGUUUUCACUCUCCACACCACUCCCAAAAACAAACCAAAAUGGAGGACAAAAAAAAGAUGGCGCCAAAAAACGAGGAAGGACGAACGCGAAUCGAAAACAUAAAACAUAUCACUCCAGUGAAUAUUUGAAAAUUUAAACGAAACCAAACGAAAAAACAAAACGGAAAACGGAAAACACUUUUCGCUCUUUUAUCAUCGUGGAUAAGUCUGUCUGUCUGUCUGUGUGUGUGCGUGCGUGCGUCUGUGAGUGAGUGUGUCACCGCGAACCCCGUGCCACACACGUCGUGCUCGCCGAUUCUCUCCUGCGUGUAAAUAAUGUUUGUACAUAUUGUAAAACUGAUGGGUCCGGCGCCCGGCCGGUUGGCUGGUUGGUGGCCCCCCUCGAGACUCUCGUUGGCAAACUGUUUUUUCCUUAUAUUUUCCUUGUCAUGUGCAAUUUUAGAUAAAACAAACGUCUGAAAGCAGCAAAAAGUCAGUCAAACCCCAACACACAAAAACACACACACACGAAACACAGUACACGCACACAUUACGCAGCAAACGACUACGAACUACUAACUACUAAAACCUACUGCAAACCUAAUAUAACAACUACUCGGCCGUACUCGGUAAAUACUCUUCUAGUGAAAAUUGUUACUUCUCCGGGGGGGGCGUACGGUGCACGGGGUGCGCCGUAUGCGCCCCGCAGGAACGAUGAACGGGGUGAAUGAAUG